AAUUAUGUAUGUGCGUACAUACAUGUAUACGAUAUACAAUCUUAUGUCUUAUGAUUUCUUAUGCUUUAUUGUUUAUCAUGUAAAAUCAUGAUUGUGCAAUUAUGUGUUUAAAGUAAUCGCGCACGAUAGAUACGUAUAUUUUUAACGAAAGUAAAUACUUGUACGAGAUGUACGAAUUGUGAUGUAUGUAAUGUUACAUUCAAAAUACAAAAUUUUUUAAAUUAAAAAUUAAAGUUGAAAGUAACGAAUUAAGUUUUUGCAUACAUUUAUUAUCAGUAUCAGUAUCUUUGAUAAAAGAGAAUAGCACAUUAUAAAGAUGUCUAAAAUAAAUACUUGAAUUUUUCUUGAUUAGAAAUUAUUUGAAUAAAUCAAAAGCACGCGAUAUUGGAUGUAUGUAAUAGUGUGUUUCUAUUGCUUAUUUGAUUGUGUAUCAAUAUGCGGUGUUGAAAACAAGAUUAUGAAAUUUCUUUGUGUAAGGAAAUAUUAAUUUAUAUUGUGCCAUAAUUAGUAGUGAAUUAGAUAUUGUAAUGUUUCCUAGCAUACAGAAGAAGGACUAUAGAGUCCUAAACUUACUACAUCAGAGAGAAAUACAAGAUUCAGUAGCAAGUAUAAUUCAGCAAAGACUACAAAUUACUGAUAAUCUGAUAUUACGUUUAGGUUUAGAAAAAGAAUUGAAAGGUCAUACAGGAUGUGUUAAUUGUUUAGAAUGGAAUGAGACUGGACAAGUCCUUGCAUCUGCAUCAGAUGAUAGGAAUAUUGUAUUAUGGGAUCCAUUUCGUUAUGAAAAAAAAUUAGUACUACAGUCAGGUCAUAAUGGAAACAUUUUCUCUGUAAAGUUUAUGCCAAAACCAUAUGACGAUAUACUGGUAUCAGGUGCUGGAGACUGUAGAAUUCGGAUGCACAAUGUCAAAACAGCUGAGCCUACAUUUGUAUGCAAAUGUCACAAACAACGUAUCAAGCGUAUUGCUACUGUGCCUAGUGUGCCAUUCUUGUUUUGGAGUGUAGGCGAAGAUGGUCUUGUCUUGCAGUAUGACGUCCGUAUGCCACAUGUUUGCAGAACUAAUGAUCAAAGUGUGCUUGUAAAUCUUAUAUAUCAUAUGGGUCACGGCGCAGAAGGCAAAUGUAUUGCUGCAAAUCCAAGAAAACCUGAACUGAUAGCCAUCGGUGCUAACGACGCCUACAUUCGUAUGUAUGAUCGGCGAAUGAUCAAACUGUCACAGCUUCCUUCAAUUCAUCCUGCACAUGAAAACACGGAUUUGGUGAAUACAUAUCGACCAAGCGAUGGCGAUCCGAAUCCGAAUGAUAAUAUUUCACAGGAUGCUGCACAAUACUUCAUCGCCGGUCAUCUACGUUUCCGUGACAGUAAUAAUAAAAGUAUUACAACUACUUAUUUGACGUUUAGCCAUGAUGGAAAUGAAUUACUUGUAAAUAUGGGUGGUGAACAGAUUUACUUAUUCGAUAUUACUGAUUCAACCAAUUCAAGAAUAUUUUAUGAUGGUUCAUUUAGAGAACAUCCAGAUUUAAUCGAACGACAAUUGCAAAGGCAUUAUGUGCAACAAAACAAAGUAGACAACACUGAUAAUUUUGCUGAUAUAAAUGUAAAGAAUUUGCCACCACAUGUUGAAGAAUUAAAACGCGAAGCAAAUGAAGGUUAUGAGGAAAAGAAAUAUUCCCUAGCGAUUAAGUUGUAUAAUAAAGCAAUUAUUCAUUGUCCAACAGCAGCGACAUUAUUCGCCAAUCGGGCAGCUGCUUACAUGAAACGUAGAUGGGAUGGUGAUAUUUAUGCCGCUUUACAAGAUUGUAAGACAACGUUACUUCUUGAUCCGGAACAUGUAAAAGCUCAUUUUAGAAUGGCGCGUUGUCUGUUUGAUUUAAAUCGCGCGAGUGAAGCAGACAGAGUACUCAGUAGCUUUCAACAGAAAUUUCCGGAAUACACUUCUGCUUCAACAUAUAAAGCAUUGCAGAAUGAUGUAACAAAAGCUAUCGAUGCCGGAAGAGAUGUUACACAAACUAAUCAAGUAUAUUACUCUCUAUCAGAAUGUGAACAAAAAUGGAGACGAAAUGCAAUUGAUUACAAAAUGAGAUUUUGCGGUCAUUGUAAUACUACAACCGAUAUAAAAGAGGCAAACUUCUUUGGAAACAAUGGCCAGUAUAUAGUGGCUGGAUCAGAUGAUGGUUCCUUUUUCAUUUGGGAUUAUAAUACUAGCAAUAUCUUACGUAUACUUCGAGGAGAUAAUAAAAUUGUCAAUUGUUUACAACCACAUCCAUCUACCUGCUUGUUAGCCACCAGCGGUAUCGAGUCAGUAAUUAGAUUGUGGAGUCCACUACCAGAGGACGGUACUAUAAAUGAAAGAGACAUUCAGAAUUUGGAUGAAGUUGCAUCAGCCAAUCAGUUACGCAUGAACAGGGAUCCUUUCGAUUUGAUGCUCACGAAUAUGGGAUACAGAUUGCCAUAUGAGUUUAAUGCCGAUGAUGCUGAAGAUCAACAAGAACAAGAGAUAGCUUGGAAUUGUAGACCAAGCUAAAUAUUAUAAGAUAUAUAAAAUGGGAUAGUGAUUGAAUAUUUGGAAAUUUAGCUAUAUUUAUAUGUCCAUACCUACAGAUACAUACACAUACACAGUAUAUUACAUAUUUUACACUAUACUAAUGUUGCGAAUGAAAACUUAAGAGAUAAAGCGAUAAUCUCUAACUAUGUUAUCAACUUGCAGACAUAUACUGCAACUUUUAACAUGCGAGUCUUUAGUGUAAACAAAAUGUAUCACAAAAUAGUUGCGCAAUGAUGUUAACAAUAACGUAAUUGUUGUUAUAAGUUAUAGAAUAAAGAAGUUGGAUAAAUUUUGGAUUUAACAUUAAGAUACACAUUGAAGGGGGGAGGAAGAAGGAAGGAGAG